AUGGCCUUACAGCAGAUCGUUGGUCGCCAACAGCUGGGACCUGAGAGCUGGGAUGCGACACGAUCGGAUCACUCGGAAGAGGUCGAGCGAAACAAGCGGAAAGUAAGGACGAUGCUGAACAAGUUGACGUGGGCGAAUCUUGAUUCGACGUCUGAUCAACUGGUUGCUUGGGCCAACGAAUCCGACACAAUCCACCGCUUGGUCGUUGUCCUAAUUCUCGAGCUGCUUAACGAUCAAGGCACUCAGGCGAAGAUGUACGCAGAGCUUUAUCGGAGAUGGAUCAACAAGUUGCCGCCGCGAGUCGAGUCCGAGAUGUCAAAUGUCAAUGGCAAUCAUAUGCGCGAUGGCCGCUGUAUUUCGGUACACUAUCUCCUCAGCCAAUGUAACCAAGUGUGCUUUGGGAACUUGACCAGACGCGCUGAGCUGGAAGCUGAUAUUGCCAUUGGACCAUUCUCGGAAGACAAUUCGCUGUCUGAAGCGCGUCCUAGCAGCAAGGAUGACUGUUCGAGAAGGGCAGACAUUUCAUCAAACGACAUCUCCGAAUCCGAUACCCCGCAGAAAGUCGCACCGAGCCGUCGUGGUAUUUAUUGUUUCCUAGCGGAAUUGUUCAAGUCGAAGGUCAUCACUGAACACCAGAUGAACAGGGCAGUCGAGAAUUUAACACGAAACAGCGAUUUUCUCGAAGAACAAUACAUUGAUAGCCUUAAGAGCGUAUUGCCAUUGAUGAGCCUCGAUGGGCUUCAGGGUCAACAACAUCGGGAAAGCGACAUGAAUACUCGAUUUGAUCGACUAGUCAGGUUAUCUUGUACUCAUACUUAUAGGCAGUUUUUCAGCCAACACGAACUACGGAUGAUCCAGGAUAUCAUUGCCACCCGUAGCAAGAGGUGGGCUACAAGGACCACACAAGAGGAGACGAGUGUCGCGUGCACACCAACUCAGCUCUGGACCGACAACCACAGGAAAUCACUACUUCAAAUUAUCCUUGAUCAGCCUCAGCUUGAAUUCCAAACAAACACCCGGAACCUUCAGCGCCUGAGUUGGGAUAACUUAGCCAGUAUCAUGAACAAGAGAUUCAACACCAAAUUUCAUGCGAGUGGCGUAAAAGAUCAAACAGAUCAAAUUCGUCAGACCUUUGUGGACAUUGCAUCUUUGCGAAAUCAAGUCGGAUUCCAGUGGGAUGCGCAAAAAAGCAUGCUUGGUGCCAGUGAAACCACCUGGGACAGACUUCUUAAGGAGCCUUCGCACAAGAAAUAUGCUCAACUUCGUCAAAGACCAAUCGAGUGGUACGGCCUGGCCGAGCGGCUCUUCGGGGGAACGUCCCCAGAAAGCUUGGGUAGAUCUGCGAAUUUGACCACGCCUCGUACCAGCAAAAGGAACAAUGACGCGAUUUCAUCAGAUGAAGACAUCGGCAUUGAUAGCACCCUGAGGUUUUCCCCAUCCCCAGCCUUCCGCGCGAAAAAAGCUAGACGAUGUGAGGCCGAUAUUCCCGUAGAAGGUGUGGACGGUGUCUCCGCUUUUGUUACGAGCACCCCCAAUGUCAACAUACGCACCAACCCGGCUCAUCAAACUGAAGAAACCUCGCCGAGUAGUACCACCACAACGCGCUCGAUGGGGCCUUGGGUGAUCCACACCAACAAUGUCACGUUUUCGUUGCCUAAUAGCAACAAUAACUUCUACCUAGGCUCCUCCUCUUCAGCCGCUUGCGUCCCACCAGGAGCCCAACAAUCCCAAGUCGAUAUUACUAUGGAGAAUUUUGACGGGUGA